UACGCUAAAGCGAGGGCAGGAAUCCCACAAUAGCAGGCAAAGGAGUUUUUUUCGAGGCAGAGCUGGGGCUGGUGGCUGCUUCAAUCAAAGGGAAGGCAGAGGGAAGCGACGCUCGGCGGAGAGAUGUAAGAUGGCAGAGCUACAAAUGUUGCUCGAGGAAGAGAUUCCGGCCGGUAAAAGAGCUCUCGUGGAGAGUUACCAGAACCUUACCAGAGUCGCGGACUACUGCGAGAACAAUUAUGUCCAGGCCCAGGACAAAAGGAAAGCUCUGGAGGAGACCAAAGCCUACACCACCCAGUCUCUGGCCAGCGUGGCCUACCAGAUCAAUGCCUUAGCCAACAACGUGCUGCAGCUGCUGGACAUCCAGGCCUCGCAGCUGCGGCGCAUGGAGUCCUCCAUCAACCACAUCUCACAGACUGUGGACAUCCAUAAAGAGAAGGUGGCCAGGCGGGAAAUUGGGAUCCUGACCAUCAACAAGAACACGGCGAGGACCCAUAAGAUCAUAGCGCCAGCCAACAUGGAGCGGCCGGUCCGGUACAUCAGGAAGCCCAUCGACUACAACGUGCUGGAUGACGUUGGCCAUGGUGUAAAGUGGCUAAAAGCAAAGCAACAUGGAAACAAUCAGUCGAUCAGAGCAGGAACGCUGUCGAGGACCAAUCCGCCCACGCAGAAGCCACCCAGUCCUCCCAUGUCAGGGCGUGGCACACUGGGGCGCAACACGCCCUACAAGACCCUGGAGCCUGUGAAGCCGCCUACGGUGCCCAACGACUACAUGACCAGCCCUGCCCGGCUAGGCAGCCAGCACAGCCCGGGACGCACGGCGUCGCUCAACCAGAGGCAACGCACGCACAGCGGAAGCAGCGGGGGCAGUGGCAGCAGGGAGAACAGUGGCAGCAGUGGAAUUGGCAUUCCCAUCGCAGUGCCUACACCCUCCAUCCCCAACUCUGGACCAGUCCCACCCAUGUUCGCUCCCCCGGGAGCUCCUCCGCCUCCCCCACCCCCUCCUCUUCCUCCGCCCGCUCCUCCGAUGGCCGGCCUCGCCCCCCCAGCACCACCGCUGCCCCCGUUAGCCGUGGCCCCUGGGCCUGGUCUGGGCCCCGCUCCAGUGUCCCAGUUUGGAACCAUCUCGCGGCAGAUUUCGCGGCACAACUCCUCCAAUUCCUCUGUCUCUAUGGUUUCUGCCACGGGCACCUACCGCCGGGCGCCGUCGGUCACUUCCCAGUUCUCCUUGCAACAGCAACAGCAGCAGCUACAGCAACAGCAGCAGCUACAGCAACAGCAGCAGCUACAGCAGCAGCAGCAACAGCAGCUUCACAUUAAUGGAGGCACGCCAGGCUAUGGUCAGAACUCAAUGUCUAUCGCUCCUCCUCCUCCCCCAAUGCCCCAGCUGACUCCACAGAUACCUCUGACUGGCUUUGUGGCCAGGAUGCAGGAGAGCAUUGCAGAUACGCCUACUCCGCCUCCUCCUCCACCCCCUGACGACAUACCCAUGUUUGACGAGGCUCCUCCCCCUCCACCGCCGCCACCACCAGUGGACUAUGAGGAAGAGGAUGCUGCUGUCGUGCACUACAGCGACCCCUACGCUGAUGGGGACCCACAGUGGGCUCCCAAGAACUAUGUUGAGAAAGUGGUCGCCAUCUAUGAUUACAGCAAGGACAAGGACGAUGAAUUGACCUUCAUGGAGGGGGCAAUCAUCUACGUCAUCAAGAAGAACGAUGACGGCUGGUUCGAGGGCGUUUGUAACGGUGUCACCGGCCUGUUCCCCGGCAACUAUGUGGAGCCCAUCAUGCACUACGCCGACUGAAGGGACCUGGCCGUAAAAGUCUAUUUAUUCAGUCAUAUCAUAAUUCACUAAACCUGAUGGCACCGAUCUCGACUCCAGAUACACACAGACAUAAAUGUACCGUCCCCUUCGAUAUGACGGAACGUCCUUUCCUCGCUGAUGGCAAAUAUAAUGAAACGUAAUAUCUGAUUGGUUUAUUUUGGUGUUAUAUGGGUGAGCAGGGGAAAUCUAUGGAAUAUAUAUAAAAAAAAGGACUGCAUGUGCUCACAGGUUGGCUUGAAGGAUAUGCAUCUGGGCCAGAUAAGGAGUUGAUGUAAGGGUAUUUAACAUCGUGUACGCACCUUCAGUCAAAGUGUUUGUACUGUCAGUUGUAUAUAACGUGAGCUGCAGCCACUUGGGUUUAUGUCAUGUAAAUUCAGUGAAUGUCGAUCAUGAUAGUUUAUUAGCGGUGCCCUCCUCAGAUCCAUAUGAGCAGAUACUGUAUAUGGUGUUUUCAAAGACGGUUAUUCCUGAGAAUCAGUCCCGCCAUAAAAGCAUGCAAAGUUUAAAAACCUAACGUUACCUUGAGUUUGUUGCCAUUAUGUUGUAAAUGUAUUUACCUUAUUUCAUUUUUAAUCUAUUACUGAACUUUUACAUUUCAAGCUUUCCCAGAGUCUCCUAUUAAUUGCAAUUUGUAUUUAAACUUAAAAUCUGAAAAAUGUACUUUACUUUUUUACGCAUUCACGCAUUCACAUCUAUUUGAGGCAAGAUAAGGCAUUCCUUUAAAGAUCCAUUGAGAUUAUGCCGUAUCACUGUUAGGUUUUAUACUAACCCAUACAAUCUGUAGCGUCCGUCGGUAACUGGCAGUAACGGAGCGUUUCUGCAGUAGUAGACUGGAACUAUCGCGCCUAACACUGCCAUGUGACAAUUCACAUGAAAUGUUGUUGAUCAACAUAAAACUCUAAUACCUCCUCAGCAAUCACCCGCCUGCUCAGAGCGUUCAAUGUCCUUGGACUCAGAACACAAAAUGCUCUGGGCUGCAACAGGGAACAUGUUAAAUCAAAUCAGUCAUUAGGUCUCGCUCAGGUCUUGGAAUCAUCUUUUGUCACUGUUGUCACUUAAACAUCUAAUACUAGUUUAACCUGCAGUGUUUUUGACCGCCUUGAUACUUUCUGCCGAUUUUUGCUUUAGUACUUCCAAUAAAGAUCCAGCUCAAUGUCAUUAGAAAUGUUAAAAUCUCUGCCCUUGUAUAUACAUUAUGUUGAAUGAAAAAUUAAUGUACAGUGUUUUAUAAUAAACAAUUCUACGUAUAA